UCUGCAGGGAGGGAGAGAUGUAAGUGUUCCCAUACCACACUCUUGCGUUCCUGGAUGUGUGAGCUGUACAAUACCCUUGAGGCUGUCGCAGACAGAAACAGAGGGGGAGAGAGAGAGAGAGAAGGAGGGAGGGGUGUGGGGGCAGGAAACAGACCCUGAAGAGAAACAGAGACUCUCUCACUCACUCACUCACACACACACACACCGAGGACUGAAGAGGACUGAAUUCUCUAGGUUUCUACUCUACGCUCAGGACAAAGCAACACGCUGUUGAACUUUAGAGCCUCUCCUGUGACACGAGCACAGAGAGACGCCGUCAAACCGCUGUAAACUUUUACAACAAGAAAACCAGGAUGGAAAGCCUGGAUAAUUUUCUAACAAAGAGGACAAAGGAGGAUCGAGGACUAACAUUAAGUCGAGGAUUUUAGAGGAAAACAGGAGAAGCGAUAAAGAACAAGUGGAUUAUUAUCAUUUUAUUAAACGCUUCUUCUCUGUGAGGAAGGACUUGACUGGAGAACGGUACAGCAGUUAAAAAAAGGAGGACAUUUAGUGUGGCUGCUAUCUGAGUCAGUCAGUCAGUCCUGCAGCCUCGGGGCCGGAGUCCUACCGGCAGGGGUUAGGGGCAGGGUGGCUAGAGACGGCAGGAGGAAGCUGCUCUCUGCAGCCUGCAGCUUGGAUCCCCAGUCCUUGGGUUAAGGAGGGGGUCCUCUCCCAACACCACCGUCACCAACAUGUCAACAUGCAGAAUGGAAAGGAAACACAGUGAUCAUGGGGAUUUUGGAAUGAAAGCCUUGGUGUUUUAACGGUUGGUCAGAGUUUACAUUGUGACAGAUUCGAGGCAUUUUGUGUUCUGUCUUUGUGCUGUGCCUCGCUGGGCAUUCAUGGUGGAUUGGGACAAGAGUUAAGGGAAAUCCUUUCAUUGUAUAGUUCUUACACAACCCACCGACAACCCUCACUGCUCCCUUGUUUCCUCAACAACAAUACCACCCUGCUCCCACUGGCCAUGUCGACAGACAACUUCACCCUGAUGAAAUACGGCCUGGGGGGGAUGAUCAAGUCAACCAUCACCCCUCUGCUGAUCAACUCCUCCAUCUCCCUCCCCUCAGACAGUUCCAACUGCACCAAGAACGAUGGGUUCAAGUACCCUCUCUACAGCACCGUGUUCAGCCUGGUGUUCAUGGUGGGGCUGAUCACCAACGUAGCGGCCAUGUAUAUAUUCAGCUGCUCUCUCAAGCUGAGGAACGAGACAACGACCUACAUGAUGAACCUGGUGGUGUCAGACCUCCUCUUCGUCUUCACCCUGCCUCUGAGGGUCUUCUACUUCAUCAACCAGGACUGGCCGUUCGGCGGGGUGCUCUGCAAGCUCUCCGUCUCGUUAUUCUACACCAACAUGUACGGCAGUAUUCUAUUCCUCACCUGUAUCAGUGUGGAUCGGUUCCUGGCGAUCGUUCACCCGUUCAGGUCACGGGCGUUGAGGACGAAGAGGAACGCUAAGAUCGUGUGUGUGACGGUGUGGGUGCUGGUGUUGGCGGGGAGUCUACCGACAGGGUUUAAACUGGAGACCACAUCGCCACAGAACAACCACUCCGCCGCGCGGUUCUGUUUCGAGAACUUCUCAUCCACGCAGUGGAAGUCCCACCUCUCCAAGAUGGUCAUCUUCAUCGAGACGGUGGGCUUCCUGAUUCCCCUGCUCCUCAACGUGGUAUGUUCCGUCAUGGUUCUCCAGACCCUGAGGAGACCCCAGACCAUCAGCCGUGGGGGGAAGCUCAACAAAACCAAGAUCCUUCGCAUGAUCGUGGUCCAUCUCUUCAUCUUCUGCUUCUGUUUCAUCCCCUACAACGUCAACCUAGUCUUCUAUGCGUUGGUUCGCACUAGGACCCUGAAGGGCUGCACUGUGGAGACUGUAGUCCGAACCAUCUAUCCUAUCGCUCUCUGUAUCGCUGUGUCUAACUGCUGCUUUGACCCGAUCAUCUACUACUUUACCUCGGAGACCAUCCAGAACUCCAUCAAGAGGAAAUCCACGGUCAGCCAGGCGUACGACAUUAAGUUCUCUGAGGCACUGCAGAGUGAGACCAGCUCCAACUACCGCUGCAGCCUGAGGACGCUGAAAGACAAGGUGUUUAACAACACUGAGUCCUCUGUGUGACGCUUGGGGAGUGUGGAUGGACUGACUGGCUGGCUGGUUGACUGGUUGGCUGGCUGGUUGACUGGCAGGCUUACUGGCAGACUGGAUGGCU